GUCCACUGAAUGGGUCUGGUCCACUGUGGUUGUCUGCUGUUGACAUUUUUCACUUCAGAUGAUGAUAAAAUGUCAACUGAUGGCUCAAAAACUACAGAAAUAAUCUCAACAUUCUCAAGUUCAACUAGUAGCUUGAAUAUUUCUAGCACCUCAACAAUGCCUACUGACCAUACGGAAAUAGACAAAGACAAUCAAUCUCUUAGGUUUAUCAUAGUACCUAUAUGCGCUCUCGGGCUGGUGGUAAUUUUAACUGUUGUGGUUUUACUCUUCCUGCGAAAGAAGCGAUUGGAUCGCUUGCGACAUCGUCUGAUGCCUUUUUACAAUUUUGACCCAGGAGAAGAAGAAGAUUGGGAGGCUGAACUACUUGAGGACAACCGAGAUUAUAACAACACAAAGGGAUACAGGUCAAUGGAAAGCCAGUUUCUACGCCCGUAAAGUUUGUCUACUGAUAGUUAUUUAAAUGAACUUGUAAAGUUUUGUAUAAUAGAAUAACAUUCAGUAAUUGUUCAAUCCAAAUGUGCAGACUUAGCGUCUUUCUACUCAUAGUGUAUCAAAGUACAAUUUUCUAGUUUAUUAGUUACCACAUUAAAAAUUAUCAUAUCCUACAAUAAGCUGUAGUUACUCAUAUCAGUAUGGAAAAGUAUUUUUGAAGGAGAAAAAUCUCCGUUGUGAUAUCAGUGUUUAAGUUUGUAAAACGCUACUCAAAUUUGGUAAGUUUAGCUACUUAUAAUUAUAGUAGAUUUUUGCUAGAAUAUACUUAUGCACUAGAAUAUUUUUCCUUGACAAAAAGCAAGUAUUUAAAAAUGUGUGAAAUUGUAGUUUUUAUUGUUAUACUUCGAUUUUUUAUGUGUUUCCUUGCAGCUUUUUUACUGUAUUCGAUACAAAGAAGGUUUUUAUUUAGUUAUAUUGUGAAAUAUAUGCUUUUGUUCAUUGUUGAUGUGUACUACAUAUUUUUUUAAAUACUAAUCCCGUGGUAAAUUUGUUAAUUUAAAUUCUGGUAAGAAUAUUGUAACAGGUAAUAUGGUUUGCUACAUUUUACAACUAUUGUCAUGCGAUUGAACAGAUUUUGUUGAUAAUAAAUCGAUGUACACAAAAUAUUAAAUCAAUCUCAAACUACACAAUUAAUACAUCUAUCUUCACAAACCCACUAACUAUUUGUUAUCUUAUAUAAAUUUUUUUUUAUCAUGUCUACAAACAUUUUGAUUUUAAUUUCAAUUAGGCAUAUAUUUUUGAUGACUUUAUACCAUUUAGCCAUUUUUGACCUCUCUACAUGAAGAUUUGCAAUCAUUAAAGAUUAAGGGUGGGGUUCAUAAAAAAAUUUAAAAUCUUUAAUUAGGCCUAUUAGCCAAAAAUAAAUUUGAAACUUUUUCUGGAUAUUACCUAUAGCCAUAGAAACAAAAAAAAAACGGGUUUGAAUUUUUUUCGAUCCCUGUGGGGGAGGGGAGGAUGAUUUUUUUCAAGUUUUUUAAGGGUUUACUAGAUCAUGUACGGAUUAAAACCCAUAAUAGGUAAUUGAUAACUUUUUGUUUCUAAUUGUUUCUAAAAGUAUGCUCUAUAAUCUGUAUGAUUGGUUUUGUUUGAAUACAAAAAUUAAUGGUCCUAUAACAUUUUAAAUGUAUUAACUAGGUUUUAUGUAGAAAAUAACCAUAACAAAUAUUAUUAAAUUAUGUUCUGUUAGGAUUUCCUUUAAAUUCAUCCUACAGAUCACAGAAUGGAACAAGCUGAAUAAAAUAAAACAAAAAUCAUCUCUCUAUCUCUUCUGGAAGCAGAGCUGUGUAAUAUCUAGGAUAAAAAUACAACUUUCGGGAAUCCACAGAAUCAGCUGUGACCUUUGUUUGAAAGCAGCUGUAGCCCCCGCUCUUCCAAAAUAAUUAAACAGAUAGCAUAAGAUACCUCCAAUAUCCAUAUAUAAAUUCUAAUGUACCCAUGAACUUUUGAGAAAACUAAAAGUCACACCCCCAUAAACCAUAUACUUAAAAUGUUCUUCAUGACGAGAGACCUUGCGCAAAACUAUCCAUUAUUUCAUUAAUUGCCCUUUAAGGUCGUAAUUCCUUGGAACUCUCCAUAUACCUUAUGUUAAAAAUACCUCAGCUGUACUUAUUUGUUUGUUAUUCUUUCAAUUUAAUACCUUAUUAAAAUCAGGUGUGAUUAUUUGUAUGUAUUACUGUAUUCCGUUUUGUUUAUUUUAGCUUACCUUAACCAAUCAAUAGUUUUAUUAAUACUUUGAAGUCAAACAGGGUGAAGCCCGUGGGUAAACAGCUAGUAUGAUUAAAUAUAGUUUUUCUGUAUGAAUUAACAUAAGUAGAUGAAAUAAAACUAUUUGUGAAAUAACUAGGUUUCAGUCAAAUUGUAUUACUAAAAUACUCAAAACAAAACAAUCCAAGGUUGAAAAUAUCGCCAUACAUUAAUAACUUUAACUAUUGUAUUAUAGUGUUUAUAUAGAGAUUUUAUAACUGUUUUUAUACUUGCACCUUUUUAUACUGUUCUAAAACACUAGUCUGUUGUUCACUUUUUAUCUUGCAGUGCCUAAGAAAAAUUAGAUUAAUGCGUUAUUGUAGGCUAGACUAGUCAUUGGCCUCAUGUAAGAUUUACUCAUCAGAAGUGUGAAAGUUUAGAUAGCAAUUUUUAGUUUUCUUCCAACAAUAAGUAGCGUAUGUAGCAAUAUAAAUCAGAACAAAUUAUAACUCAUAUUGUAAGUACCGGUACAUGUUAAGUUUUUCUAACAAACAGGUCAUUCAUGUAUUGUAUAAUUAGGCAUCCCUUUGAACCCAGGGCAAUAUAUGCCAUAAAGAGUACCUAAUACAAAACAUAAGCAAAAUUUGACUUAUUUGUACAGGUUUAAUUGAACAAAAACCACUGAUACCUAUAACUGUAUUUGUCAUGUGCUGCAACCUGAGUCAAUUGACACUAUGCUUGGGUUUUUUGUUGUAAUGUUGGUACAGUAGAUCGUUAGUUCUGAUCGAAGGACGAACAGUCUAAGGUGCUAGCAGGGCCAAGGUUAAUAAUAUAGGUUUAAUCACGGUCAGGACUGGUGUGUAGCUUUAAAGCUUGUGCACACACUUUGAAUUAUCGGUAUAUUAUUUUUUUAAUUUUAGAGGUUUUCUAAUUAUCUAGGUUUGAAUUAGCGAGGUUCUACUAUAUAUGUUUAAGGAAUUAAUUGGCACUCUCUCUUCUUGAUGUCUCAUUGAUCCUUCCUUAUUUAUUCAAUUGUUAUUUAGAUGAGACACAUCUGCCAAGUCAGUCGUUUUAUUUUGUAAAAAACAUUGACUUAUCUUAAACCCAAUUAAAAUGUUUGAUUAA